AUUAAUUAAAUUGGAGUACUAUUUAAGGUAAUUUUAAUGGAAAUUUCAUCAAAUAUGUUCUCUGAGCUCGCGUAAACACCUUUAGUGCAUUUACUUGUGGACGAAAUCUCAGCUUCGUGAACUUCGGUGCUGCGUUUGUGAGUUUUUUUCGACUCGGUUUUUUUCUUUCGUGAAUUUAUGUACGCUGUUUUGAGAAAACCUCGCACAAUGUCGAAAUUCUACGAAUUGGUUUUGAAAAAAGUCGGUUGCGAAGUUGUCGGUUUGGAUUUGCAGACAGAAAACAGACCCGAAGUUAUCGAAGAAAUCAGAAGAGAUGUUACAACGCACAGAAUGUUAUUUUUUAAAAAUCAAGGUGUCAUUAGCGGCCAGAGACAUGUAGAAAUCAGCAGAUGGUUCGGUGAUCUAGAGUCGACUUUUUAUAAACAUGAAAAAUCACCUCAUCCGGAUGUAUUUCGUGUAUCGAACGAUGAAAAAGAAGGCUGCAGAGGUGUUGGAAGAACUGGAUGGCACAUCGAUGGAUCUUUUCAGCCCGAACCGUUCGCUUACUCUAUAUAUCACAUGGUAUCUGUACCAAAAUCAGGUGCUACGUCUUUCGUACCUCUGUCGGAAAUCAUAGAACGAAUGGAUCCUGAUAAAAGAGCUCGAUGGGAUCGAUUAUGGAUGAUGAGUGAUCGACGAACAGGACCUAUACAUCCUUUAAUAUAUAAACAUCCUAUUACACAAAAACCAGUGUUAUGUUUUCAUCUCGGUAUGACCGAAAGUUUCGUAUGGGAUUACCAAAAUCCACAGCAGAAAGUAGCUGGACGAGACGAAAGUAGAAGGAUAGUAAGAGAAAUACACGACGAAAUUACUAUAAAGAAUAGAGAUCUUAUUUACACGCACGAGUGGCAACCUGGUGAUUUUAUAAUAUCAGAUAAUUUAGCUGUUGCUCACGAAGCUACUCCAGAAACUCAGUAUCCCAGAAACGAAGUCGGUUUAAGAGUAUUACAUCGGACAACGAUACGAGGUGAAUUUAAACCAGAAAAAUGAUUAUUAAUGCAUUUUUUAAUUUUUUUUGUAAUAAUAGUAUUUUGGGAAGGAGUAUUCUUAAGGGAUUUUUUGUACAUAAAUGGCUGUGUAUAUGAUAAUUCCUUUUUUUACAAGUAUUAAUUUAAUUAAUCUACUCAGUAAUCCGAGUGAUGUAAUAAUUAUCGUCGUGUCGAUGUAAAUUUUUGUACUCUAUUCGCUAUCUUGUAAAGAUAAUAUUGAAGAUAGUCAAGUUACCACCUCGUUUGAAUUUUUUUAAAUAAAUUUUUUGUUAUUGAAUCGA